CACUCGAUCGACGAACGGCGCCGACAUCAGCUUCACUCAUGGACGAUGAGCAUAAGCAUCGUAAUGAUGUGGCCUGUGCAUGAUUGUUGCUACACCGCUCGAUUCCGUCUCCUUUAUUAUAGCCGUUUCAUGCGCCGAGGCCCUCGAUUGUAUGGCGAGCCGAUGCAAGAGCAGCAAGACGCUCCUCUUUCAAUCAGCAAGUGUAUGCUAGUCAAAUUAGCAGAGUACAGAUUGUACAUUUACUGCCUCUUCCUAGCUUGUUCUAUAUGGCCCCUUCUCCAUGACCUGGCCUGGCCCAAUUGCAACGCAUGGAUGUGCUUCAAACUCAAAGUCUUGGCGCUCGGCAAUCUGGAGCAGCGGGAUCAUGCUACGCCUUGGUGACUUCGCAUGCUAUAAAGACCCCCGAUCAUGCCCAGCAAGCUUCUUCUUCAUCCAACAAACCCUCUCACUUCCCUCAAAUCACCAAAAGACACAUCAUGUUUGGAUUUGGCGAGCACCACGAUUCCUACCAGCAAGUCUACGGCCAGCAAGAGCAUGAGGGCAAAUUUAGCCAUGAGCUCAUUGCUGGUGCAGCUUCUUUUGAGGCUAUGAAGAUGUUUGAGGAUAGGCAGCGUAGUGAGGGCAAGACCGUCUCUCAUGCCUUUGCCAAGGAGAUGCUUGCUGGUAUCGCUGGAGGAGAAGUCGACAAGCUGUUUGAGACAAAAGGGCUAGACUAUAUCGACAGGGAGGAAGCUAAGCGCCAAGCUCAAAACAACGCAGUCAACAUGUAUGAACAGCACU